AUGCCCAUUGAACUAAAAGGAAGUUGUCACUGUGGCGCCGUAAGAUUCAGUGUAGAGUCAUCGACCGCGAUCCCCUAUCAGCUUUGUCUGUGCUCUAUCUGUAGGAAAGUCGGCGGCGUAGGUGGCUCUAUCAACCUUGGUGGGCAUUCGAAGACUCUCAAGAUCCUGCAAGGCAAAGAGAACAUCAGUGUCUACAAGGCGGUUCUGAACAGGGAUACUCCGGAUGAAAAGUUUGUGUCCUCGGAGAGAAGCUUCUGCUCGAAAUGCUCUUCUAUGCUCUGGCUAUAUGAUAAGCAAUGGCCUGAACUGAUUCAUCCCUUUGCAUCUGUCAUCGAUAGCCCCGAGCUGGAGCCACCAGAGAGUAUGGUGUGCAUCAAACUUGAUUCCAAACCAGCCUAUGUGCGUCUCCCGGAAGGAAAAAAGGAGGUUUACGACAAUUAUGGGAAUUAUUCGCUCGAAGAUUGGCACAAAGAACAUAGACUCUAUGUUGAAUAA